AUGAUUCUGUCCAAGUGGCUGGCCACACUCCUGGGCGGCACUCUCGCCGCUCAGGGUGCGCUGGCGAUCGAUCUGACCAUCAAUGAUGAAGCGUCCCUCAAGAGCGCCGCCAAAACCGUCGCCACCACGAUGAUGGAUUACUACAACGCCCGAGACUCCGCCAAUAUCCCCGGUAAAAUGGACGGAACGUGGUGGGAGGGUGGCUCCAUGUUCAUGACCUUGAUCCUGUACUGGUGGGUGACCGGAGAUACCCAAUUCAAUGCCGCCGUGCAAGAAGGCAUGUACUUCCAGAAAGGCGACGACGACUUCUUCCCCUCCAACUACAGUCAAUACCUCGGAAACGACGAUCAGGUCUUCUGGGGCCUCGCCGCCAUCACCGCCGCCGAAUUCAAUUACCCGGAGUUGGACGGUCAGCCCUCGUGGGUCUCCCUUGCACAGGGUGUGUUCAAUACUCAAUAUCCCCGCUGGGACACCAGCAGCUGUCACGGUGGUAUGCGCUGGCAGAUUUGGCCAUAUCAGAACGGUUAUUUGACCAAGAACGCGAUCUCCAACGGAGGUUUGUUCCAACUUUCUGCUCGUCUCGCACUUUACACCGGAAACAAGACAUAUGCCGAAUGGGCCGAGCGCAUUUGGGAUUGGAGUGCGACCACUCCCCUGCUCAAGCAGAAGAACUGGAAUAUUGCCGAUUCUACGACCUGUGGGACUCAGUGCACAGAUCACGGUGAUUUCCAGUGGACAUACAACUACGCCACUUACAUUAGCGGUGCUGCCUACAUGCACAACUAUACCAAUGGCACUGAGACCAAGUGGAAGGAGGGUGUUGAGGGUCUGUACAAGACCUCUCAGCAGUUCUUCCCGACCAGCGGAGGCAACCUCAUUCUCUCGGACAUCACCUGCGAACCCCUCGGCAAUUGCGACCGAAACCAAAUCACCUUCAAAUCCUACUUCACCAACUGGAUCGGAGUGAUGACUACCAUCGUGCCCGACACCUACGACAUGGUCUUCCCUCAGUUGCAGGCUUCCGCAGAAGCAGCGGCCAAGCAAUGUUCGGGCGGUGACUCCGGGAACAAGUGCGGUAUUCGCUGGACCAAGCAGGCCGAGUGGGACAAGACUUCCGGACUCGAACAACAAAUGGCGGUGCUGGGAGUGCUCUCUGCCAACUUGGUUCCAUUCAAGAAUUCGGCACCCUACACCUCAGACUCCGGUGGAACCUCAAAGAGUAACCCGAACGCCGGCACUAACUCCUCGGCCAAUAAGGUCCCUGUCCUGAAUACCAUUGGCACGGGUGACAAGGCUGGUGCGGGUGUUUUGACCGUCAUCUUCGUGACGGGCUGGGCCGUCGCUGUCACUUGGAUGGUCCGCGGUGGUUAA